CGCCGAGUAGACAAGACACGGAGGGUUGAAUCCAGUUGAGAAGCUCGUCUGACGAUAAAGAGAGAUUAGGUUUUUAGGUUUGAGUGUAUUGUGGUGUUUGUUCAAGCUGCCGCAGUCUGACGACGAGCAUAGCCGACGCCUCACGAGCUACUUUUAUGAGUGAUUGAACAGUUUCAUAAUGACAUCAAUUCCCAGUCAGACAAGUGAGAGAUCACUACGUGCCACUUCCCGUUCUCCAAGAUCGCCACAAUCUGAGAAGAGUGGAAAAAAAAAUAAGAAGUCACCACAGGACAGAAAAUUAAGCCUGAAAGAAGUAAAAAAGAAAGGGAAAAUGGAUCGAAGCCAUGGUGAGGACAGCGUCAUCAUGCAUCUUGGUCAGCUGGAUCUUGGAAAUUCAAAACCAGUGACAGGAACAGGAUUGGCAUUCACGGAAAAGUCCCAGGAGUACUUUUGUCUAUGGGAUGACAAACAUUCUGAAUGUCCAGAAAGAGUUAGCACUGUGAUAGACAAAAUGAAACAAUAUGAACUUUUACAGCGCUGUCACUUAGUAACGGAAAGAGCUGCAACAGAGGAGGAAAUUUCACUUGUACACACUGUGGAAUAUGUGGAAUUGAUGAAAUCCACUCAGAAAAUGUCACAGAAUGAGCUUCAUUCAUUAUCAGGAAACUAUGAGCAUAUAUACAUCCAUCCAAAAUCAUUCCAAUGUGCUAGGUUGGCUGUGGGAUCAGUUCUAGAAUUGGUUGAUCAAGUGAUGACAGGAAAACUAAGAAAUGGUUUCUCGGUUUGCAGACCUCCAGGUCACCAUGCAGAAAGAGACCAGAUGAGUGGCUACUGUAUGUUUAACAAUGUGGCCAUUGCUGCAAGUUAUGCUAAAGAAAAAUACAAUCUAAAGCGCAUAUUAAUUGUGGACUGGGACGUGCAUCAUGGACAGGGAAUACAGCAUAUAUUUGAAGAGGAUCCCAGUGUUCUUUAUUUCUCAAUACACCGCUAUGAAUAUGGACGUAUUUGGCCUCACCUUACAGAAUCAAGUGAAACUGCUGUUGGUCAAGGAAUUGGAGAGGGCUAUAAUAUAAAUGUUCCAUGGAAUCAGACUGGAAUGAAAGAUGCUGAUUAUAUUACAGUGUUUACACAACUACUUCUGCCAGUGGCUUUUGAGUUCAUGCCACAGCUCGUGCUUGUUUCUGCUGGAUUUGACUCUGGAAUUGGAGAUCCUAAAGGGAAGAUGGUUGUUACUCCACCUUGUUUUGCUAUACUUACUCACAUGCUGCAGCCUCUUGCUAAUGGGAGGUUGAUCUUGGCUUUGGAGGGGGGAUAUCAUUACAGGUCAACAGCAGAAAGUGCAUGUGCUUGCUUAAAGGUGCUGCUGGGUGACCAGUGCCCUAAACUGGAGUCUUCUUUCUCUCCUUGUUAUGGUGCUAUGGAUUCAAUUUCAAAAAGCAUUGCAGCACACUCUAAGUUUUGGAAAUGUCUGCAGAUUCUUGAUCCACAUUUGUACAAGCGUGAAGGCACUCAACCAGAUAACCCUGAGGUCUUUCCUGAAGAGAUAGACUCAGUCUUAGACCGGUCAUCAAACAUGAUAAUACAGGCACUCCCACCUGUGCAGACUGGUCUAGUGUAUGAUGAGAGGAUGAUGGAGCAUUACAAUAUGUGGGACAGCCAUCAUCCUGAGGUUCCACAACGAAUUUCAAGAAUAUUCUCUCACCUUGAGAAACAGGGCUUUGUUGAGCGUUGCCAGCGUUUAUCAAUACGUGCCGCCACUGAGGAAGAGCUUGCAAUGUGCCAUGGGAAUGAACAUAUUAACACCAUCAAGUCAACAGCCAUGAUGAAACCCCGAGAUCUUCACAAGCAGGGAGAUGAAUAUGAUUCAAUCUACAUAUGUGCUCAGUCUUAUCAGAGUGCCAUUCUGGCUGUUGGAGCCUGCUUCAGUGCUCUAGAGGCUCUUCUCACUGGCAAGGUUAGUAAUGCAGUGGCCAUUGUCCGACCACCUGGACACCAUGCUGAGAAGGACAGUGCUUGUGGCUUCUGUUUCUUCAACAAUGUAGCUCUAACUGCACGUUAUGCACAGAAACUUGCUGGAAAUUUAAUAAGAGUACUGAUUCUGGAUUGGGAUAUACACCAUGGCAAUGGCACCCAGCACAUCUUUGAAGAUGACCCUAGUGUGCUGUAUAUUUCCCUGCACCGUUAUGAUAAUGGCUCAUUCUUUCCAACAAUGGAGGAUGCAAAUUUUGACAAGGUUGGCCAAGGAUUGGGUAAAGGAUACAAUGUAAACAUCCCCUGGAAUUCAAGCAAAAUGGGAGAUCCUGAAUAUAUUGCAGCUUUCCAGAAAGUUGUAAUGCCAAUUGCCAGUGAGUUUGACCCUGAGCUAGUACUUGUGUCAGCUGGUUUUGAUGCAGCUCGUGGUGACCCACUUGGCAGUUACUUAGUAACACCAGAAUGUUAUGCUCACAUGACCCACAUGUUACUGGGUCUGGCAGGAGGACGGGUGCUGGUGGUUCUUGAAGGAGGCUAUAACCUAUCCUCAAUAUCUGAGUCAAUGUCUAUGUGCACAUCUGUUCUGCUGGGAGACUGCCUGCCAGACUUGGGUCAGUUGGCUGUACCACACCAAAGUGCCAUACGUUCAAUCAACAAUGUUCUGCAAGUACAUUGCCAGUUCUGGAGCAGCCUCCGACUUAACAUUCCAGAUUCUGUACGGUCUUCGCUGCCUACAGCUAGUCCCACCAGGAAGGAACUUCUUUCGCCUAGGAGAACAUCAUCAAAGAAAGAAAGUACUCCUCAAAAACAUGUGCAACAGCAUGAAAAUCUUACUAGUGAAGUAAAUGAAGGUCCAUUGAAGUCUUUGGAAACCACUGCGGUCAUUGCGGACAACGACUCCAUUAACCAGAUAACAGAAAGCCUCCAGUCAGUAUCUCUUGGAAGUAGCACAGUAAGGCAAAAAGACCAAAUUGACCUUGAACAGACAGUCAUUAGUAGCCUAGCCUCCUUAUCUGUGGGUGGUGCAAGGCAAAAGGUGAAACCACUGGCUCAUGAAAGUACAACAAAUGUUCAGGAGCAUCAAAAAAGAUCAAAAGGCAGCAUUCAAACUCCACAGUCUAAUCAAGCUAUUCAGCCAGAAACACCUGAGGCAGUUGGCUUGGAACCGGCUCACACUGUUACAGCUGGAGAGGAAACUAAGACUAGUCUUCUAGAUACUGCUUCAGGAUGGUCAAAAUCUCAAACAAACUGUGAGAUUUAUUUGAACAGUCAGGAUAUUGAUAUGGGGACAUUGUUUGCAGUGGAGCCUUUAACCUGGUGUCCUCAUCUCAGAGAAAUUAACCCACUACCUUCAAAGGGUUUGAAUGUGUUUCAGACAUGUCUGGAUUGUGAAACUCGUAUGGAAAACUGGGUUUGUCUUGUGUGCUAUCAGGUUCACUGUGGUCGUCAUGUGAAUCAACAUAUGUUGAAUCACAGUAUAUCUUCUGGCCACGUGAUGGUUCUAAGCUUCACUGACUUGUCAGUCUGGUGUUACUCAUGUGAUUCAUACGUCCACAAUAAGGCCUUGGAUCAAGCUAAGAAUGCAGCUUACACAAGUUUGGGGAGGAUAUGCCAGGAUGCAAUUAAUAAAGACUAAAGAUAUCACUAUAUGGAUAUCAAUGUGAUUCUCAUGUUAUGAAACUCAUGGUUGAUUGGUCAGCUUUUCAGGGGUGUUAAGAUUUAAUUUUUUUUAAGUUAAAAAUGACUUUAUAUUAUAAUAAUUACAAAAGUAUAAUCUGCUUAUUCUGAAACUGUGUCUGACAGUUGCACUUAGUCAUUUCUGUUGACUUUGCAAACUACAACCUCACAAAUGCUUUAACCUUCCUCUUGUGUU